GAAGUUGAAGCCAUCAUUUUUGGCCUAUCAAAUCGACCGUAAUUUACGACUUUGGUAUCAUUUUCAAAUUGGAGACCAAGUGACCAGACACCCAAGUCCUUAGGGAGAACAAUGGAAAAAGCCUUCACGAACGCCAAUUGGUCUGCACACGCCAAGGCGUACAGCUCCGUCUUCAGUACACUGACUGCUCGCUGGGCGGUGGAUUCACUGCAAAUUGCGCAUCAUGAGAUCCUGAAGAAGCUCCAGCAGCACGAGGCCAAGAGCGCCGGCACUCCGUUCCACUUCCUGGACGUCGGUUGUGGCCCUGGAGUGCUCAGCUUCGAGUUCGCACGUCGGUACCUCACUGCCCCGACGGAAAUCAGCAUCACCGCUUCGGAUUUAUCCGAAGGAAUGCUGCAGCAAUUGACUGACAAGCUAAAGGAAGACCCCACACUCAGUCCGUUCACCCCCAAGUUUACCACGUUGCAAUGCGACGGAAUGGUGCUGGAGGAAAUAGCCGACGGAUCAGUGGAUGCAAUCGGAUCCAACUUUGGCUUGGGAAUCUUCCCGAAUCGCACAAAAGGGUGGAAAACAGCGCAUCGGGUGUUAAAAGAGGACGGUCUGCUGAUCGUCACGACCUGGAGCGACAAGAGCUCGCAAAUGAUCUGGUUCGACAAGAUCACGGACAUGUUUAACGCCACGGAGGGCGAAGGAAAACCCUUGGAGCCUCCGUCGUUGGUUGCUGGUACGGACAAGAAGAGGAUCUUGAAGGAGCUACAAGAGGCCGGAUUCAAAGACGUCAAGACGUUCUCCACGACGCACACCAUUGUGUUUGACGACCCAAAGAUGAUGAUUCAAGCAAACAUGAACAACCCAUUUACUACCAAGUUCUUGGAGAGACUGACGAAGGAGCAAAUGGAGCAGACUCUGACCGAGUUGAUGGAGCAGGACGCGCAGGAGAACUUUUACCAAGAAGGAGCGAAGACGGAUAGUGCUGAUCCGUUUGCGGAUGGACAGCCACGUUUGAUUCCGUUUAUUGGAUUCACCGUAGUUGCACGCAAGUGAGUGGCCAGUGGUAUCUUACCAGGUGUUCAUCAAGAAGAUGACGCACUACCUACAUGUACGUUUAGUUUCUGAAAUGUGCUUAGUUAGCAACUAGCACUUGAUGAUACCCAUUUCUUGAAAGCAAUUUAGCGAUCACUAUGUCGUGAAGUUGCUUGUUACGCGUUCUUCUUCUUAUUUUUUACUAGUCGUAUGGUAGUGAGGAGCUCUACAGUUCAGAUUGUGCCGGUUUUCGGUGUUGUUUGUUCGAUGAAUAUGCCUCUUUCAACCUUUUCGUGGAG